AUGUUUCCAAAGCUCGACCCUGCCGAUGUUGCGCGUCGGAGCCAUGGGGCCACGGAGCCACCCAGGAAGAAACACUACAAGAAGCGGCAAUCCAGCCCCGAACGCGAGCGACAAGCUUGCCGCUGCCUAGCCACCGCAAUACAUACUAAGCUGCCUCGCGAACUGCGAGAUGUCGUAUACAAACAUGCAAUUGAGGAGCCCAAGCUGUUUUACGUGCAUGAAUUGCCGCAAGACAAAAUCGCCGACGUCGAAUCGGUACGACGCAUAUACAGUCAAUCCUACGUUGGUCUGGAAGUCGCACGCGAGACAGCAGAGUACUACUACUCUAGAGAGCACAUCAUUGCCAAUUUUCAAAAUUUGAGAGAGACGCUUACCCGAGACGUCUUCCACCUGGGCGUGAAACCCUACAUGCACAUCCAGACACUACAUGUUCGCAUCAGAAUUGACGAGAUCAGCGGCAGCCUUGUACGUCGCGGAGGGACAGACAAGAACGGCCGACUCAAGGAGUCGCAAUCUGUGAAAGAAGCUGUUGUGCAGGAGAAAAUCAACCUCAACAAUCUCUACCAGAAGCUCGAAGCAGGCUUUUCUCUCUUCAAAGGGACGAGAGAGCCUUCGUUCUUAAAACUCGUCGUCAAUCUCAAAAUGGAUAAAUACCCUCCUUGUUGGGAUCGAGUCUAUCAACGAGACAUAACUGUCAUGCGGGACCACGAACGCAGGUUCAUGAAUGCACUUGAAACAAUACGGAAGCCGGUGUACGAUAUGAUACACACGGGCUGCACUGUUGAAGUCAAGUUCGCCCCAGAAUAUUACAACGGCCAAGAGCGCGACGACGGGCGUUGCGACGACGACAGUGAGAGUGAGACCUUCCACUACCGGGCAAGGGAAAGUGACAAGGGCAGCGAAAAAAGCGACGAGGACUGCCACUGCAACACCCAGCACUCCCACUAA